ACGAAAAAUAAAGAGAGAGGAAAAAGAGGAAUCUAACUUUCCUUUUGGGCAGAAGGAAGAAGACUUCGUUAUGGUCUUUCAACACCUAAUUAUCGCAGCAAAUUGAAGAGCUCUAAAGUAGUCUAGAUCUGCUGAUCUUAAUGAUCUAUGGAAACAAGUCCCUUCAUCUUCAUCAUCUGAAAACUCCAACGCAGCUUAAUUAUUCCAUCGUUCAGUCUGGAUUUGUUGAUCAUAAGUGCAAACAAGUGCCCUCAUGACCUGAUUGACUCCCAUGAAACUGCUUCUUGCUACAGAUCAUGUCCAAUAUUCGUGCAAGUUCGAGUCUUGAAACGUAGGAUUGCAAGUUGUGACUAUUUCUGAGUCUCGACAGAUCAAGCUUCCAAAUUUCCAAGGAACUAGUAUUUGACUGUUGAUCUUCCCUUCGUUGAGUCUGUAUUUGUUGAUCACAAGCAGAGUUAGAUUUGAACUUCCAUUUCUGCACCUCAAUAUUGCUCAAGAGCGAUUCGGUCUUUCUUUAACUGCUUGGAGUAAUCCUCGCUCUUAAUAUGGCACUGGGAGAGGUUUUUCUUGCGGCGUUUCUGCAGUUGCUGCUCGACAGGUUGACCCCUCGCGAGAUUCUUGAGUACUUGGGAAAUUUCCGGGGCGUCGGACAGAAGCUGGAGAAGUGGAGGACGACGUUGUCUACAAUCGGAGCGGUGCUCAGCGACGCCGAGGAAAGGCAACUGACUGAAGGUGGUGUGAAACUGUGGCUGGAUGAUCUCAGAGACCUGGCCUAUGAUAUCGAAGACAUGUUGGACAAAUUUUCCGUUAAAAUGUUGAAGCGCAUGAUAGAGGGACGUGAUCAAGCCAGCACAAGCAGGAAGGUACGGAGAUCAUUUUAUAAAGUUAAAUUGAGUUUUGAUAUGAACUCCGAAAUGAAGAAGAUUACGAAGCGGUUGCAAGACAUAUCUGAACGGAAAGAUAAGUUUGGCUUGAAAGAUAUUGGGACGUCUGCUAAGGAAUCGCGAAGUCUACCAAGUUCAGACGUGUUAGAUGAAAAGCUUGUUGUUGGAAGAGAUGGUGACAAAGGGGAGAUUAUUGAAUUGUUGUCAAGAAAAUACGAGCAUGCAGAUGCCGCCAAUUUUGGUGUAGUUGCUAUAGUUGGCAUGCCCGGAGUCGGGAAGACAACACUUGCUCAACUUGUAUUCAACCACAAAGAUGAUGCCAUGAAGGAGUUUGAGCUAAAGGUGUGGGUAUGUGUGUCUGAUGACUUCGAUGUUGAACGAGUGACAAAGGCAAUUCUUGAAUCAAUCACAUCCCAACCCGUUCAAGUGCAGGAGUUCAGUAAAAUUCAGCAUGAUUUGAGUGAGCAAUUAAGAGGAAAAAAGUUUUUAAUCGUUUUAGAUGAUAUCUGGAACAAAGAUGACUCUGAUCUAUACGAUCUCUGGACAAGACUUCAAUCCCCUUUUGGCAUCGGAGCAGGAGGAAGUAAGAUUAUUGUGACAACCCGUGAUGUGAAUGUUGCAAAGAUUAUGGGAGCCACUGGAGUUCAUAAUUUGGAGUGUAUGGCAGAUGAUGAUUGUUUGGAAAUAUUUGAGCGACAUGCGUUCAGGGGAAUUAAUAAUGGAAAGCCGGUAAAUUAUGAUUUAAUUAAGACAAGAAUUGUUGAAAAAUGUCGUGGCUUACCAUUAGCUGCAAGGACUCUCGGUGGUCUUUUACGUUGCAAAGAAAAAGAUGAGUGGGGAGAAAUAUUGAACAACAAGUUAUGGAAUCUAGCAGACAAGAGUGGCAUUCUCCCCGUACUAAAGUUGAGCUAUCACUAUCUUCCAUCAAAUUUGAAGCGGUGUUUUGCAUAUUGCUCAAUACUUCCAAAUGACUAUGAAUUUGGGGAGAAGCAGCUCAUUCUUUUGUGGAUGGCAGAGGGUUUGAUUCAACAAAAUCCUGACGACAAUAAACAAAUAGAGGAUUUGGGCCGCGACUACUUUCGAGAGCUAUUAGCAAGGUCGCUGUUUCAAGAAUCAAGCAAAAACAAUUCACGAUAUGUAAUGCAUGACCUCGUUAAUGAUUUAGCACAAUGGGCAGCAGGAGAAAUAUGUUUUAGGUUGGAAGAUAAGCAAGGUGAUAACUUGCAAAGCACUUGCUUUCGAAGGGCUCGCCAUUCGUCUUUCAUUGCUGGUCAAUUUGAUGGAGUUAUGCGAUUUGAGGACUUUCCAAAAGUUGAACGCUUGCGAACAUUCCUGCCACUUUCACUUUCAGAUUCCAGGGGAUGGGCCAAAUAUUUGCCUCGUAAGGUUACUUUUGAGCUAUUACCACAGUUGCAAUACUUACGAGUGCUCUCGUUCAAUGGCUACAAAAUAACUGAGCUGCCAGAGUCAAUCGGUGAUUUGAGGUUGUUACAGUAUCUUGACCUUUCCUAUACAUAUAUAGCCAGUUUGCCUAAAUCAACAAGCACUCUUUACCACCUGCAAACAUUGAUAUUGGAAGGUUGUUCUCAAAUGAAGUCAUUGCCGCGAACAUGAGUAAUCUAAUUAAUUUGCGCCAUCUCAACAACUCAGAUGCAUCUUCGUUGAAAGGAAUGCCUUCGCAACUAGGUCGAUUGACAAAUCUACAAUCACUGCCUCUUUUUGUGGUGAGCGAAGGAAGUGAUCAUUCAGGGAUAA